AUGUCCGCGCGCGGCGCAACGAUUCCAGGCGCCGGCAACCUUCCCGUGUCCGUCGUCUGGCGCACACUCCCGAUGGAGCUCGUCGAGCAAGUUCUCCAGAAGGCGGUCCCAGAGCACUAUGUCGUAUACAUCGAGGAAGGGCACCGCCAUAGCUACAUCCACCUUCAGCCACUUUACACUCCGAACCCAGAGCCGUGGAAAAUUUUGUUCGGCCUCUGUAAGGUCUCACGACGCACUCGUCUACGCGCUAUCGGCUCUUUCGAGCGCACCUCCAUCGUUGAAUUCCGCGGCUGUCAGCGCUUUGUCCGACCUCUACAUCAACAAUGUCUCGAGACAUGGCUAAGCCGAUGCAGUAGGGUUGAAGUUACGGUGGAACGCUUCAUCCAGAUCCCGGAACGAUUCCACAUGCGCCAUAAUCCAGCCGGGACGAGGACCACAACAGCUCUACGAGCGCUCUCUACGACCAUUAUGUCAGCUUCGCCACAGCAGACUCAGAACCAUUUCAACGUUCAGUGGCAAAUCCAAUCGACGCGCCCCAUCUACGAGGAAGUUGGAAUCCUCAGGAAGUACAUGAAGGGAUUUCAAUCUCACCUAUUCCACAACAUCUCCCAGAGAUUGUCUUUCGAGCGGAGGGCCCGUCGCUGUUGGCGUGUCCUUCGGACUUGCGUCGAUCGAUACCCCCCUCCAGAAGAUGUAAUCGAGUCGAGGGGAGAGUACGGGAUACCCAGAGAGCUUUCCACGGGGGUUUGGACGGAUACCAGCCUGCUCGCCAUGGAGAGGCUUGAGGAAGAUAUGGGUCGCAAGGAAGUGUUGGAUGUGCUCUGGGUUUUCUUGCCGUACUUUCAACCCGACGCAGAUCUUGAGGCUCAAGUCAUGCUGGCGUUGGAGGAGUAG